AAAGUUUUAGUACAAAAUUAAAAUUAAACCAACCAUAUAUUGAUGUAUGUAUAAUAUAUCCUAAACUGUAUUUUCUCCCUUGCAUACAGAUCGAUCUGCCUUCUACACACACAUGAUAUGCGACGUUUCCUUCUACACAUACACACUGAUCUAUUUAUAGCAAGAGUAAACUUCCAUUUCGCUGAAGUAUACAAUGGCCGGGAUCAGCCCACAGAUACGUACUUCAGCCACAUGAGAAAGACUUCCAGCUGCUGAGAAAGCGAUUGGAAACACAACCAAACAAGAUGUCUUCCACAGAUAUUGCAGCCGAUAUCAAGAACGAUCUCAAGUGCGGCAUUUGUCUAGAAUUACUAGACGACCCCAGAGUCCUAACUUGUGGCCACACGUUCUGUUUUAGAUGUAUCCGGCAGGACUACCAAAUAUCACAGCUUACAUUUGGAAAAUGUCCAUUGUGCAAGCAAUCGUAUACUGUUCCGCGGCGAGAAAUACAAAAUCUGUCCAAGAAUUUUAGUGUCAACGAUGUACUUGAUUCAUUGAGAUCAGCAGGUCACCGUUGUGUGAUUUGCCAUGGUGGUGAUGGCACAUUUAUUUGUUUAAAGUGCAAGCUGAACAUGUGCCGACAUUGCUCGAGGAGUAACACGGUCAACUGUAGACACGACCGCUACCUGAUACCGGUAGUAGAUCUGAAUUCCCGUCCAUUUUUACGUGAUGUCAUACAACGCAGUAGGUCUAAACAGACAUGUCUGUCACAUCCUGAUGAAGAUGUUUGCUACUUCUGUCAAACGUGUAAACGUGUGAUAUGUAACGUCUGUCGUGUCGGAGACCAUCCUCACCACGACACACAUAUUCUUCAAGAAGCCGUCAGAAACCUUCGAGCGAAGCACAUUCCUGGUCAGUUAUGGAAAAAGACAUGCCAAUUUGACAAAACUAUAGCAUCCCUCUCGCGGGAAUCAACCUUGAAUGGCUAUUUGUGGAAUAGAAACACUGAACAGGACAUUCGCAGAUAUCAGUUUCACCGGGACAAGUGUGUUAGGUUUAACAGAGACAUGUUUCAUCUUUUUCAGUUUGGAAGUGAUAAAACAAUCCUGGAGGUAUUUCGUGAGAGAGAAAAGGAUAUUAACGAGUUAGUAAAUACCCCGACACAAUCUGGUUUCAGAAGAUGCAUAACAUAUUUAGCACAUGAAAUCUACAUGUUUUUGAUUUUUAUCAGAGUUAUGAUACUGCAAGAAGAAGGGAGAUUUAGACAGAACUCCGCGCAAGAUAUGUAUCAUAUAGUUUUUAUAGUUGGCGUUGUUUGGUUCGUACCGAAAAACUUAAUAAUGGCAUGGUGUAUCAAUUAUUUACUUCGAAUGAUUAUUAACGAUAUGAUGUCAAGAAGACAAUGGGUCCAUCGAAAAAUAAUAAUAGGAAAAUAAAAUGCUGCUAACCCAAAUAAAUUGGGACACGUGUUAGAUACUAAUUACUCUUUAAUGUAUGGUGUAACAGGUCUUCAAGCCAUUACCGUAAAUCUGGGUUAAUUCACAUAAUAAAAUAAUUGAUAUUUAAACAUUUAAAUUAACAGUUGUUUUCAAUGUAUUCGAUGAAGCCAGAUGCAAAGGUAUGUUGGACAAUUUCAAGAGAGUAUCAGAUAGGUGAAUGUAUUCAGAAUACUUGCCUCUAGUCUUAAGAUGUUGAAUGUUAUUUAUUAUGUUCAUUCCAUUAUCAUAUUAAUCUGUUGAUUUCAGAGUAAUAAUGAUUAACUUUACACUGUUGAAUAUUGUACUGGGGCUCUAACGUCCUUGCAGCAGACAUUGUCAUUACACCAGCCUGUCCUUAACGCGACACUGCUAGCCCCUCAACAUGAAACAGUUAUCUAAAAUACAUAUCUCCUAAAAUCAAAGGUAUAUCGUUGUUACCUGGCAGAAUAUGUUUUGUUGUCUUCCAUUUCGUGGGUAUUAAAGAGGCUAUACAGAUCUACUACCCGCAUCCAAGAAAUUAUUUCUUUAAAUUAUUCCUUCUUUCCUGGUUACACGUUCUCUCUUUUUUUAUCAAUGUCUUCAUAAAAGGGUCUAGGUUUGUUCAAAUUAUUAUUUUUGCAAGUAUUGCUGAGCAUUGGAAGCAUGAUAUUAAAAACCAAUGAUAUAUAACUACUUUUUAUCACAAACUUACUAUCAUACA